AUGACUCUGGUCAAAGCGGUUGCACAAGCUAUUCCCACUUAUACAAUGAGUGUGUUUCAGCUACCAAAAGGUGUCUUAAAGGUGUUCCAAUCAAAGAUUUCAAAUUUCUGGUGGGGAAAGGGUGGAGGGAAGAAAGGUAUGCAUUUUUGUAAAUGGAAGAAACUAUGUGCGAGUAAAUGGAAGGGAGGCUUAGGUUUUCGUGACCUUGAGACCUUCAACCUGGCACUGCUUGCAAAGACCUUUUGGCGACUAAUGCAGAACCCUAACUCUUUAGUUAGCAGACUGCUCAGGGCGAAAUAUUUUCACUCUACAAAAUGGAUGAGAGCAGGCUGUCGCAGAGGGGCUUCAAUGAUGUGGAAUGGAUUAAGUUGGGGGAAAGAAUUGUUGGAGCUUAGGAUCAGAUGGAGGGUUGGUGAUGGAGCAUUGAUAAAUGUAAAGAAGGACAAAUGGAUUCCUCAGCCUUUUUCUUUUAAGGAUGACAGCUUUGCUUGCCAUCCAGAUUUGGUGGACACCCUUGUUGUAUCUAUCCUAAUCUCUGAGUCUGACUUCGUGCAGAUUUAA